AUGUUGGAUAGUGCCCAAGCUUGCCAACGAGUUCAGCUGGAUGCUUUAUCAGUUCACCACUUGGUAAAUUUGGCAACUUUUGUGGUGACUUUGGAGACUUUUGUCAACCACUAUCGGCAUCAGCAAAAACCUGAACAAUUUUUUCGCCAUAAUCAGUCUUUCAUCAGGGCCUAUCCUACUAGCUUGCCCAUCUGCCAUCACCAGGGGCCUGUUCAGGAAUCGACUUCUGGUUCUUUGCUUAGAAUGAGACCUCAAUUCGACAUCACUACAUUUUUACGUCUUCUCGGCCAUUUAUUUGAUCAGGCUGAACUCGCGUUGGCGCGCAAGGCUGGGCUGCUACUUUCCGUGACUCUGGCUCGCCAUCUUGAUUGGAAUAUAGUCACUGUGGAACAGGUCGUUCAUCUUGUUCGCAUACUCUACUCUUGUUCACACUAUCCAGAUGAAUUCACUUCGGCUGCAGUAAGUGACUUCUUUGAGGAACUUGCCGGCCGUCUCUACACACCGGCAGCAGUAAACCACUGGUUACAACUGCACGCAGAAUUGCUUACCCUUCUCCAGCUCACCCCGUCCGGCUCGCCAAGACAGUCUAAAGCCAACUCAUCUGCUGGGGUUUCAGUCGCGGAUUCAUCAUGCCUAGUCCGCUCCUCGAUGCCCACAACUUGCUCACCUUUUGUGCUAGACGAGAUUCUCUUGCGUAUUUACGGCAAACUGGGAGCCCGGAUCGCGCUUACUCACAGGAACUACAGUAAUGUUACUCGAUUUCCGAUAUUUUAUUGUUUUAUGUCUUUCAACAAAGCACGUUGUUGA